AUGUUACGUCAACAUUGUACCCGCAUGAUAUUCAAACAAAUUUUUGAGCAUAAAAGUGUUUAUAGACCGUUACAGGUUAACGUGACACGUUCGUUUUAUGAUAACUAUGAAGCUAUCAGUUACUUUAUAAAGUAUUUACGUAAACGACAAAUUACUGUUGGAACAAAAGCAGAAUCUUAUGGCAAACACGUUUACGGUCCACCACUAGGAAUGCUUAUUAAGGUAGAAGCACCUAAUAUGCAUGAUUUUGUUGUAUUACGUCUACAACAUUGGUGGAAACGUCAAAAAGAGAAUUAUAAGGAAUUUAUCGAAAAGCAACAAUAUGAAAAAUAUGUCAAAGCCGGUCCAGAUUUGGCAGCAGCUAAAUAUGUUAUAGAGUGUAGUGGUAAAAUAAGGUUCAAAAAUCACAAUGAAUGGCUAGAUAAAACUAAGAGGAGUGAACUCUCAAAAUUGCCAGAAGAAUAUGAUGAAAACUUUAUUUUAGAGGAAAUAGAUUUCAAUGGAUAUCCUAUACAAUAUGAACAUCUUGAUUUUAUUUUUAAUCUCUAUGAUUUAAGAACACUAAGCUUCAGAGGUUGUAGAACAAUUAAUGAUUGGUCAUUGGAUAAAUUGUCUGUAGAAUUUCCAAAUUUAGAGCAUCUUGACGUAUCAGAAUGUGAAAAUGUAACAGAAAGGGGACUAGAAGCACUAUACAGAAUGCCUAACUUGAAGAAAUUAACUGUAACUAAUUUUAAUGGAUCUGCAGCAUUCGAUUUAACUUGUUUCUUAUUAGAAGAUGUCAAUCCAUAUCUAACAUGUGAAAUUCAACAACCAAAAUACAAAUCUUUACCUAGAAAAUAAUAUAUAUAAGAAAUCUAAUUAAUAAUAAUAGUAUAAUGUACUUUUUAAAGCAUAAAUUCCUAUGUAAUGUAAAAUUGCAGUAUUUACAUAUUACACGUUUUAUGCAAAAA